AUGUUUUAUAUAAUUAUAUUAGCAGUUUUCUUUUUGCUUUUCUUGGCGUUUUAUCUUUCUCUUGGAUCUUCCAAGAAAUCGACUGUUCUGAUUACUGGACCAUGUGAAUCCGGCAAAACAGCUAUGCUAGUAAUGUUAACCCAUAAAAAAAUGCCUAUGACGUUUACUUCACUGUCUCCAAACAUUGAAGAAUAUCACCAAAAAGUAAAGUCAAGUAAUACGUUUAAACUCAUCGAUGUUCCCGGGCUAGAGAAACUUCGUUUUGGGUUUAUCAAUAAAGAGAAGUCUUGCACUGCAGGCAUCAUCUAUGUCAUUGAUUCGACAACCUUUCAAAAGAAUAUUAAGGAUGUUGCUGAAUAUCUUUAUGAUUUGAUGACUGAUGAAACACUUGCCCGUUCACGUACUCCUUUCCUAAUCGCUUGCAAUAAGUCCGAUCUUCCUGAAGCUAAGAAGAUGGCUGCGAUUGAAGAACAUUUGGAAAUGGAAUUAACAACUCUCUCUCGAACUAAAGCUGAGGGUCUUGCCAGCUUGGAAGGCCAUAAAGAGACUCGUGUUCCUUUAGUAAAGAAUACAAAUGAAAAAUUCACCUUCGCUUCUUGCAAACACCAUGCGGUUACUUUCGUUGAAACCUCAGUCACUUCUGAAGAUAUUGGCCAAGUGCGUCUUUGGUUGGAACGUCUUUAA